CGGAAAUGACGUGUAUCAAUAGCGCGGGAAGUUGUGUCAUUUUAAUGUUUACAAAAUCGCAUGUGUGAAUUUGUAUCCCAGUUUAACACAUUCAGUUAGCUCGUUAAAGAGGGAGUCAUCCAUGCCUCCAAAACGCAGACAAAAAUCUGAGAAUGAGAAGCCGAAGAAGUCCAAGUCAGAAACUGCACCACCAGAAGUCUUCACUCAUUGGUUGAUGAAGUCAGAGCCAGAGACCCGCAUGGAGAAAGGAGUUGACAUGAAGUUUGGCCUGGAGGACCUGAAGAAAUGCCCUGACCAGACUGCAUGCUGGGAUGGAGUGCGAAACUAUCAGGCCCGGAACUUCAUGCGAGACCAGAUGCGUAUGGGGCAGUCUGCCUUCUUUUACCACAGCAACUGUAAGGAGCCUGGCAUUGCCGGAGUGAUGCAGAUAGUGAGGGAGAGCUACCCGGACCACACCCAGUUUGAUAAGAAGGACGUCCACUAUGACAGCAAGGCCAGCACAGAUGACCCUCGCUGGUUCAUGGUGGACGUGAAGUACAACAGGGCCCUGAAGAGAUUCAUCUCACUGGCUGAGUUGAAGGCCAUACACCAGGAACACAAGCAGAAGGGGGGGCCACUUCGGGACGUGGCUCUCUUCACCAGGGCCAGACUGUCAGUGCAACCUCUGAGAGAAGAGGAGUGGCAGUUUAUUCUUUCAUUGGAAGACCAGGAGGAAGGGAGCUAACUCUUGUCAGCUCUGUCACCUGACAGCCGGCUGGGAAACCAAGGCACAACCAACUGCCGAGUCAAGCAGUGUCUCCUCAACAGUUUAACUAUGCUAAGACCGGCUGAGAAUGCCCAGUCCAGACAUUGUGAAAUCUGUAAGUAAAAGGUGAAUAUGCUUGUCGUAGGAGGCGACUAACGGGAUCGGGUGGUCAGACUUGCUGACUUGUGGUGAUGCAUGUCAUCGUAUCCCAAUUACAUUGAUCGAUGCUAAUGAGAUCAGUCACUGGAUUGUGUGGUUAAGCAACAAACAAACAAAGAAAAAAGUCUUGAACCCAUGUGCCUUGUGGAAAUACCUGCCUAAUAUACAUACGACAGUGAUCAUGUUGAUACUCCAGGUGGCUGCAGGUAGUGUUUGUUUGUUGUUUAAUGCCUCACUCAGCAAUCUACAGCUAUAUGACUGCGGUCGGUAAAUAAUCAAGUCUGGACCAGAAAAUUCUGUGAUUGACAUCUUGAGCAUUGAUACACACAAUUGCGAUACGAUGACAUGCAUCAACCAAGUCAGCAAGCCUGACCACCCGAUCCCGUUAGGUACCUCUUACGACAAGAAUAGUCGCCUUUUGAGCAAGAAUGGGUGACCGAAGACCUCGUCUAAUCCGGAUCUUCACGGGUUGCAAGGAGCCAGUUGGAGCACCAUGGAACAGUUACAAAAGAUGUCAUGACAUUACCAAAUUUGGUAUGUAACUGUCAAUAGCAUUGUAAGCAAAACAAAUGUCAGGAAAUUACAGGUCACAAUUUAAGGCAAUGGCAAAUUAUGUUGAAAUGUGUAGUAAACUCUUCUUAACUUUUUUUCAGCUGUAUGCAUUGUAUAUUACUCAAAACAAGUUUAGGAUCACCCUUAUUUUAAAACAUUAGUAUAGUUAAUCUGUCAUGCCAUCACUUAAGAACCCAUGCUUGCCGUAAAAGGCGACUAUGCUUGUUGUAAGAAGCGACUUGGUUGAUGCAUUUAAUAGUACUCCAUUUACAUGGAUCGAUGCUCAUGAUGUCAAUCACUGGAUUGUCUGGUUCAGACUCGAUUAUUUACAGACCGCCGUCAUAGAGCUGGAAUAUUGCUGAGUGCGGCAAUAAAUAACAAACAAACAUAUUACAGGGUUCACAAAAGUAAUUUUCUGACAUGGGACCUUUAUGGGAGAAUUUUGAAUAUUCCAGAGGUACGCCCAUACAGCACAAUGUUAAAAUGCCCCAUUGUAUUUGAAAAUGUGGGCCUUUUUUUCAAAUUUAGGGGCUAAAAGCACAAGGUCCCACCCUAGAAUUACCCCUGAUAUUAACUAUAGUAAUAUGAAAUAACUGGGUGAUCCCUAACUAUUUUUGAGUAGUAUAGUUAUGAAAGCCUGAAAUUGUAACGUGAAAACGUGAAGUUAGACAGUUGUGAGAAAAGUUAAUCAACUCCAAGUCUGAUGUGAGGAAAAGUAAGAUAACGGAGAUAAAGAAGAGAAUCCAAAACCACUCCCAGUCAGAAUUAAUAUCGUUAUUGAUCAUGAUCAAAUAGUCAGGGCUUUAAGUCUCCCCUGGCGUUAUCAAUCUAAGGUUCUGUCAUAAGUAUGUCUCUGUAGACCCUAGUUGUCUUAGCUUAAAGUUGUAAGUUGUUCACUCACUGUAAAAAGUCCCCAGCACCUGAAAGAGAGUCUAUAUUUGGUCACAUGUGGCCAACUUGGUGACUUGAUUUGGAACAUGUAAUGUUGCUCAUGAUAUCAACCACUGGUUCUGUCAUAAGUAUGUCUCUGUAGACCCCGGUUGUCUUAGCUUAAAGUUGUAAGUUGUUCACUCACUGUAAAAAGUCCCCUCUUUCAGGUGAAAGAGAGUCUAUAUUUGGUCACAUGUGGCCAACUUGGUGACUUGAUUUGGAACAUGUAAUGUUGCUCAUGAUAUCAACCACUGGUUCUGUCAUAAGUAUGUCUCUGUAGACCCCGGUUGUCUUAGCUUAAAGUUGUAAGUUGUUCACUCACUGUAAAAAGUCCCCAGCACCUGAAAGAGAGUCUAUAUUUGGUCACAUGUGGCCAACUUGGUGACUUGAUUUGGAACAUGUAAUGUUGCUCAUGAUAUCAACCACUGGUUUGUCAGUAUUGAUUAUUUAACGCCCACCAUGACACAGCUGGAAUAUUACUGAUUACAGCUGGAAACAAAAGACUAAAUCAAAACGAUACAAGAAUUGAUAGAAAAAACUUAGUUCUCAGGCUCUAACCUUCUAUUUCUGCUAUAAAACAUUCAUAUUUAAGACACAUAAAAGCCACCAAUCUGCAAUCUUUCGUAGUAAAGAAUCUAUUGUUUUUAGGCUUACAAUGAUAUGCAGAUUAUUGUGACACUAUCCAUAAAAUAUAUUUCAAUCAA